AGAGAAAGCUUCGACGAAAAACAUCUGUGGAACGCUCGUGUAUGUAGUCAAGAAAGUAUGAAAGUGGAAUUGGUUAUGUGUUUCAUGUGUAAUGUCCGUCGACCCGACCAUGAGUAGUUCAGCAUUGUCCGGGGAGGACCUGGUGACCAGUCUGGGAAUUACUCGUUGUUGUUACUGCCUUGAUCAUUCUGUAGGUGUGACACUUUUAGGGGUGAUCAAUGUGGGUAUGUCAGUCAUGGGUUUGCUCCUUACUCUCUGGUGGAUUGUACUGGUGCAAAAUGAUUGCAUGGGACCCGUGUACAUUCCGCCCGACCAGAAUUGCACGCAAUAUUUGGACUCAAAUUCUCAAUUUCGACAGGAACUUGCAAUCAUUUCCAAAGAAAUGCGGAAUUACAAACUUCGAUUGGCCACUCUCAUCGGACUGAUAAUUGUCUUCUCCAUACUCUGGCUUGGCUUCAGUAUAUCACUCACCUUUGGAGCCUACAAGGAAAAUAAGCUCUUCCUUAUUCCAUGGCUGAUUAUUGCCAAAAUCGGGACUCUUCUACUACUCGUUUUAACGGUCUGCAUUAUUUUUCUUGAGGCCCGCUUUUUCGCCAUUGGUACCACAGUUUUUGGCCUCUUCAGCUUGUUGACUCUAUUUUUGGCAUGUUUCAUGGCAUAUUUGUGGCUAGUGACACAAUCUCUCUACAAUAGAAUAGAGCAAAUGGAAUUUGAGCCCAGGGGCCUCAAUUACGGCAAUGGUCAUAUCAAUAGAGGUUUUUCGGAAGAGGCUCACAUUGACAUUUUGAAUGCAGCCAAUGAUGGAAGAAAAGUGGAUCAUCCUGAUGAGAUCGACAUGUACGAAAUCAACCCUCAAGAUCGAGAUCCUUCUUGGGAAGCAUUUUGCCAAAAAAAUGGUUGCCAAGCAUCAACCAUGAAUGUACAAACUUCUCAAUUUUAAAGAAAAUAAAGAAAACUAACGAUUUCAAAUAGGAAUCCGAAACAAUUGACUAAGGUCAAAGGGUACAUGAUGUAUGAGGCAAUCAUUUUCGUUGACUCUCUUC